AUGGGACGCGUGAAGCGGUACUUCAUCGACCGAGGGCUCGGACCGGAAGAUUUGAUCCCGGCGUUCGUUUUUCACGAGACGAUAUCGAUCGCGUUCGCGGCGUCGACGUGGAUCGCGGCGUACGCGAUCGAGCCGACGAGAACGGUGUUGCGACCGUUACGGGGGACGAAGGCGGCGAAGGCGAUGGCGAAACCGUUCGGCGCGGCGCUGGAGUUGGCGACGAAGCAGACGGCGAAGGCGGUGACGAGGAUACCGGCGCUGAAAAGGGCGAGCGCGGAGCGGUUGACGGUGAGUUUGGCGGAAUCGUUAAUGUUCAGAGGGUCCAUUAAGCCCAUCACGUUCGGGGGGAAACUGUGGCUGUCGUACGAAUUCGUGAAGUGGUUAAAGCGAGACGCCGUCGCCGCGGCCGAGGUGAAUAAGGGAAAGAGCGGUAAGGGAGGGAAGAGUGGCGGGAGAAACACGCUCGCGAGUGUGAGCUUGGAGUUGGCAAAGUCACAAAGGUAUCAGCUACAAAACAGUUAA